AUGCAGCAUGUCAACAGAACGAUUGUGAAUGAGUUUUUUCUUUUAGGCUUUUCCCACUUCCACUCAUUUCAGUAUCUACUGUUUGUUGCUGUUCUUCUGGCCUAUACCAUAUGCAUUUUUGGAAACUUUACUAUUAUUCUGUUGGUUAAAAAUGAGCCUUCUCUUCAGACUCCGAUGUACUUCUUCAUCUGUAUUUUUACUGUUUUAGACAUAAUAAUAGGCUUAGUAACAAUUCCAAAACUGUUAUCUAUCCUCAUUCAGAUAAAGAAGUCAAUCUCCUUUUUUGGUUGCUUUGUCCAGAUGUAUGCCUUCAAUGCCCUUGGAGAAACAGAGUGCUUUCUCCUAGCUUUAAUGGUCUUUGACCGAUAUUUAGCCAUUAAUAACCCAUUACACUACUCAACCAUAAUGAAUAUUCAGUUCUGUUAUAGAUUGGCUGCCCUGCCAUGGUUUCUUGGUUUUCUUAUCUCUUUUUUUCCUACAAUUUUUACUUUUGUACUGGAUUUCUGUGGACCAAAUGAGGUUGACCAUUUCUUCUGUGACUUAGCACCAGUGCAGAAUUUAGCUUGCUCAGACCCACUUAUUAGUAACAUGAUGACAAGUUUGGCAGCUGUUCUGGCAACUCUUUUGCCCUUUUUUGCUAUAGUAGGGUUUUAUGUUCACAUUAUAUAUACUGUGUUGAAAAUUGACAGCAAGAGGGGUAAAACCAAAGCUUUUUCAACUUCGUCGUCCCAUCUCAUUGUAGCAUUUCUUGCUUUUGGCUCGGCUAUAAUUGUGUAUGUCAAGCCUAAAGGCAGUCACUAUGACAAAUUCCUUUCCCUCAUGUACACUGUGGUUACACCAAUUUUAAACCCAUUUAUUUAUACCUUUAGAAAUAGAGAGGUCAAGAACGCCUUUCGAAAAGUCAGUAGACAAGUUUUCAUGUGGUCUUGUUGUUGA